ACUCUUCAUUCUUUCUAUGGAUAUUUUCAUUAACUGCAGACUGUACGUUCAGUAUAUACGCCAAGCAUUGAUUAUUUGCAGAUAUUUUUUUGCGCAUUCAUAUCUACCCCUAAAUGAGUAUCUCUGCCGCUCUUUCUCCACGUGUGUCUGCGUGGGCUCGUCUUCAAAGUCGAUAAUCGAGAAUCCGUACCCAUUCGGAGAUAACCCUUCGUUUUCGCGAGCCUAUGGUUCGCUAUCUAGGACGGAUAUUCUUUGCGAAGGGUCUAUCGAGAAGCUAGGGACAACCUGGCGUUGGGCAAAAUGGUGACCUUCGUUCACUCAUCUCAAAACGACCGUUCCCAACAGGGCCUCGACUGGAGAGCAUCAUCGGCACGAAGCAGCAGUAAUCUAGGCGGAUACGGCUUCUCCUCGAAAGAUACCAGCGGAAACAGCAACGACAGCAGUGCGGGGCUAAGCAAAAUGAAUAGCUUCUUUGGUGGGAAGAAAAAUCGUGAUCUACCAGUGUACAAGGACAAGCCGUACUUCAAACCACGUCGCACAGGAUCGAAUCGAACCGCGUCUCGCGUCGUAUAUACGGUGGUGUCCUUUUUUAUGAUGGUGCUGUUGUAUGUGUUUUGGGGUAGUUGGGGGAGUCCUGUUGCGGUUGGUCCUGCGGGUGAAGCUGGAGAGAAUUUAUGGAAAUGGGUUCAGACUUUUGAUACGGAAGAUGAUGGCGUUUUAGCGAAAAAGAUCACCUGGGAGGAGAGGAGGCAGAAAGUGAAGGAUGUGUUUACUAUAAGCUGGGACUCAUAUGAGAAGUAUGGUUGGGGAUACGACGAGUACAAACCUGUAUCCAAGAAAGGCAGAAAUAUGGUUGAAGGUGGCAUGGGAUGGACUAUCGUUGAUGCUCUUGACACUAUGAUUCUUAUGAAUCUUACUUCCAGAGUGCAGCAUGCUCGGCAUUGGAUCCAUAACUCGUUACGGUACGAUCAGAAUCAUGACGUGAAUACGUUUGAGACGACGAUUCGUAUGCUUGGUGGCCUGUUAUCGGCGCAUUAUCUAUCGACAACCUAUCCCAACCUGGCACCAAUAACUGACGAUGACGUUGGAGCCCCCGGUGAAGAUCUUUAUAUCGAGAAAGCUACAGACUUGGCAGAUCGAUUGUUAGGCGCCUUUGAAUCUCCUUCCGGUGUUCCUUAUGCCAGUAUAAAUCUAAACACGUCUCACGGAAUCCCGUCACAUGCCGACGGUGGUGCAUCUUCUACGGCAGAAGCGACAACCGUGCAGCUGGAAUUCAAGUAUCUGGCUAAACUGACUGGCGAGGCAGAGUACUGGCAAACAGUGGAGCAUGUUAUGCAGGUUGUUGAUAACCAACAAGCAGAGGACGGACUCUUACCAAUCUUCAUCUAUGCGGAUAGCGGACAGUUCCGUGGUAAGAACAUUCGGCUGGGAAGCAGGGGUGACUCUUAUUACGAAUAUCUCAUUAAACAAUACCUGCAGACAUCCGAAGGAGAGCCCAUCUACAAGGAAAUGUGGGAUGAAGCCCUUACUGGGAUCAGUAAACAUUUGAUUACAUAUACCAAAAACGGGAAGUUUGCAGUUCUGGCUGAGAGACCAGACGGUCUUGAUCGAGCUCUGACACCAAAGAUGGAUCACCUCGUGUGCUUCAUGCCUGGCACGAUAGCUCUCGGAGCGACGCACGGUCAGUCGUUAUCCAGUGCAAGGCAAUCCUCAACAUGGAGUCAACGACAAGAUGAGGAAAUACUUCUUGCAAGGGAACUGAUGAAGACAUGUUGGGCUACAUAUCUGGCAACAGCAACUGGACUUGCGCCUGAAAUCACAUAUUUCAAAACCGAUACUCCGCCUCUGAUGUUGCCAGACGUAUACCCCGAUUCAGCUUUGCUGUCUACCCCCGGGAGCAACAAAGACAGUUCAUACACACCCAAAGAACUUGAUAUCAAAUCUGCUCCUUUGGAAGAUAGAGAUGCAUGGAUAUCCGAUAUUAAUAUCCAUGCCCAGGACACGCAUAACCUCCAACGACCAGAAACAGUCGAAUCUCUGCUAUACAUGUACCGCAUCACGGGUGACGAACAAUAUCGUGAAUGGGGCUGGCAAAUGUUCAAAUCCUUCGUCAAGCAUACAGCAGUUGUCGAAAAGGUGUUCCCGAGUGAUCACGAAGGAGAAAAUAGCCACCAACACGCCCUUAAUGAAAACAAUGACGAUGAUAACCACGCCUCCUACCGAAUAGUGGGAUUCACAUCCCUCUCCAAUGCCAACAUUGAUCCGCCCCUGAAACGAGAUAAUAUGGAAAGCUUCUGGAUGGCCGAGACAUUGAAGUAUUUCUAUCUCUUGUUCUCGGAUCGAGAUUUUAUCCCUUUGGAAGAUGUGGUGUUUAACACAGAGGCUCAUAUAUUCCCUCGAUUCAAGGUCGGCGGUGAUUUGAAGACUGGAUGGUCGAGGAACACUCGUGUGCAGUCAUCUACCUAGCUGACUUUUCAUCUGGAAUUUUGUAAAUAGCAUUGUACAAUGGUUCAUCUGUGUUUUGUUUGCAAUAUACCAUCUAUUCGUCCUAUCAUUUGAUGGCAUGGUUCCAACCUCCUAUUUCACGUGUGAAAUAUCUUUGUAAGAUCU